AUGGCUCGAUAUUCGGCACAUACAUACCACGAUGCCGAACAGUCCUCGGCCGAGAGUGGAGGAGAAUCAGGGGAAUGCAAUGGUUCGCAGAAAGACCAGUGUUCAGAUAAUGAGGGGGCUCCUAUCAGGACGAGUGAUCGGGAAGAGUUGAUCCAGUGUAUCAAACGGGGACAAAGACCAACAUGGGUACCCAAGCCUGGAUUGGAAGCCCUAUGUGCGGAGGUGAAUGCUGAGCAGAAUGGCACCUCAUCUAGACUUCAACAAUCCGCGGAAGAAGGUCAACCUGCCACCACUGCCGAUGUUCGACCACCUCGAGACAAAUCUCCGUCACCACACACUCUCUCUGCCGCCGAUGUUCUACAUCGCUCAUUAUCUGCCUUACAUACCGGCGACUUCUAUGAGAAUGCUACGCAGCUUCCCACGACACCGUCAAUAAGUACAAGGCCGGGUGUCCAACCUCAGUACGGGCACUCCCCUCCUAUAUGGGACCGAGAGGCCCCGACAAUCCCGCACUUUACCUCACCCUUCGGCUCGCCUUCGGAGAUACUCAGACGAUCUCGAGCCCCUUCACUGGGGAGUGGCUUGUCAUCAAGCUUUGUCAUGAGAGUUCCGACCAGUCCGCUCGUUCACGCAACCAAUAACCCUUCUUUAGACUUUUCACCUAAAGAUACACAACCGAGUGAGAUAGGGAAAUCUACAAGGAGGAGAACCAUGCCCCCCAACGCCUUUGAAUCCUUGAACAUGUCACCGAUUGACAACAAUGUGCCUAAUUUCAGCCGUCCGUUGCCAUACCCACAUUCCCAACACGAAGGGGAUUCGUUCCCUCCAAUGCAUCGGCCUCGUCGCUCGUUGAGCUCGUUUACAUAUCAGGCUGCGGCCAGCCCACAAACGCCUUUUUCAGCACGAUCUCGUCGACCUUCACUUGCGUCGGACGUUUCUCCGCGACAGCGGGCCUCAAUGGUCGGUUCCUUUGAGGAAUCCAUUCUCAGAGGCAGGAUGUCUGCCCCCGCCUCAAAACCCCUUGAUUUUGUAGCACAAAUUGGAGUUUUGGGCAAGGGUAACUGCUCUGCCAGUCUCAAGUGUCCAGCUCAUGUCACGGUUCCGUUUCCCGCGGUAUUUUAUAAUUAUCCAUCUUCGAAUGAGUUAAGAUCGAUAUCAGACGACAACCCGAGCCCAUAUGUUGGUACCAUCGACCUGGAACAUAACUUGAAGCCUCCAGAGCCUCCAAGUCGGCGUCACCGUCCUUCUCCAGCUAGUCUGGAUCCCGAGGCACUGGCCGCUGAGAUCACAAGCCCAGAAAACACGGCCAUCGGCAGAGCCCUAGCUAGAGAAGCGCCAGAGAGGAAGGGAAAAGUGUCAACAUCGCCUAAGGUGCCCCCUGGAGGGGCAUAUCGAAUACCACAAAAGGGACAGCUCCAGAUUAUCAUCAAGAAUCCUAAUAAAACCGCGGUCAAAUUGUUCUUGGUUCCUUAUGAUCUCGAGGGCAUGCUUCCGGGGACCAAAACAUUCGUACGGCAACGAAGUUUUUCUUCUGGUCCUAUCUUGGAAAAUGUGCUUUCAGAGAAACAGGCCGGCCUAGCGAUCCGUGACGCCCUUAACGACAAAGAUAUUCUUCGAUAUCUCAUUCACCUCAAAUUCUGUUGCACGGCCAAAAGUCGCUUUUACCUCUACGACAAUAUUCGGGUAGUCUUCGCGAACCGAGUUCCGGACGACAAAGAGAAACUACGGAAUGAAGUUCAAUUGCCUGAACCACGAUUCAGUCCAUACAAACCACCAAACGACAGCGGAUCACGAAGCCCCAGUGUCGCUGAUGAGAAAUUCUCUCCGCGGCCGAACAUUCCACGGCAAAAGCAAGAGCCGGCGACGGAACUGGAGCAAACUGUCUCCCCAAUUCCGGGAUUUCUCCCGUCGACAUCUUCGCGGAGCUCGCCUGUAUCUUGGCCCAGUUCCAACGGUCCUUCGAUUGUACGGUGCUUUUCUCCGACUUCUGUGGAGGCUGGAGAUGGACUGAUCUCCCGACAGUUGAGGGAACUCAGUGGGACAGGCUCAAGGAACGACGGUUGA